AUGCAUAGUGUCGGCGACUACGUGUCUGACGAGUCUCGCUAUGCCGCUAUUAACAAGUUGCUGGACCGUGAGGGUCCGCUGACGGAUGGGUAUCAAGGAGCUGAGGCGGCCAAGGACUUUCUACGUCAUCAGUGCAAGAUUCUUGUCAUCGGCGCCGGUGGACUGGGAUGCGAGAUCUUGCAAGACCUUGCGCUCACAGGUUUCGGGAACAUCCAUGUCAUCGACAUGGACACGAUUGACAUCUCCAACCUUAACCGCCAAUUCCUCUUCCGUGAGGCCGAUGUGGGCAAAUCCAAGGCCGAGUGCGCGGCCGCGUUCAUCAACAAACGAGUGCCCGGGGUCAAGGUCACGGCCCAUCACAGCAAGAUCCAGGACCACCCUGACUCGUUCUACAUGCAGUUCAACAUUAUCAUCGCCGGUCUUGACUCUGUGUCGGCACGCCGGUGGAUCAACGCCAAGCUGGUGGAGAUGGUGGAUAUGGAGAACCCCGAGAGCCUCAAGCCUUUGAUUGACGGGGGCACCGAGGGUUUCAAGGGCCAGUCGCGCGUCAUUCUCCCCACGAUCUCGUCGUGCUACGAGUGCUCUCUUGACAUCCACACACCGCCCACUGCCUUCCCGAUCUGCACCAUCGCCAACACGCCCCGUCUGCCUGAGCACUGCAUUGAGUGGGCGAGUGUGCUUGAAUGGCCGCGCCUCCGCAAGGACGUCAAGCUCGACACGGACGAUCCGGACCACAUCCAGUGGUUGUAUGACAAGGCGGCGACGCGCGCCGCGGCAUUCAACAUUGAGGGCGUUACAUGGGCGCUCACCCAGGGUGUAGUGAAGAACAUUAUCCCGGCUAUUGCGAGUACGAACGCGAUCAUUGCAGCGUCAUGCUGCAACGAGGCGUUCAAGAUUGCGACGAGCUGUGCGCCGAUGCUGAACAACUACAUGCUGUACAAUGGCAACGACUCGCUAUACACGUUCACUUGGGAGUACGAGAAGCGGCCCGACUGCCCCGUGUGCGGCGGGGAGAGUAUGGAGGUGGACGUCAAGCGUGACUGGACGCUUGAGCAGCUCAUGGAAUGGCUGUCGGUUCAGCAGAAGCUGCUCGUCAAACGCCCCGGGUUUAUGUACGCUACGGGCGAGCCGCUGUUCAUGUGGGGACCGCCACAGAUCCACGAGCAGACCAAGCCCAACUUGGAGAAGCGGGUAUCGGAUCUUGUGCCCGAGGGCGAGGAGAUUCUGGUCACGGAUCCCAACCUGCCGUUCAACCUUACGAUCAGGAUGACGUAUGUUUAG